AUGCCAGAACGGCGAGAAGAGCCAGUUACCAUAAAACAGUUUCAGGAUCUGAAACCCAGCACAUUUACCGGCGGCCCAGACCCAAUGGUAGCAAACGCUUGGGUUAAAGACAUGGAAAAAAAAUUUUGCGCCCUACCCUGCACCGAAAGACAAAAGGUAACUUUUGCCACUUUCACUUUCAAAGACAAUGCACAGGAAUGGUCGCUUCUCACUCUGGCCAAAGAAGAAAUUACGACUUGGGCACAAUUCUUGGAAGUAUUCUACGAAAAAUACUUCCCAGAUUCGUUGCGAAAACAGAAGGCAUCCAAAUUCAUACAUCUAAAGCAAGGAACCAUGACGAUGGCCGAGUACGAGAGCAGGUUCACUCAACUCGCUGGGUUUGCAACAUACGUCAUCCCCAUCGAAACUCGAAAAGUAAGAAAAUUUGAAGCAGGAUUGGAUGCUAAAAUUAAAGAUAGGCUCGAGGUCUUGAAACUGCCAACCUAUGCUGAAGUGGUAGACCGGACGUACAUUGCAGAAAAGGGGAUUUAA